AUGGAACAGAAUAUUAAGUUACUUUUAUUUAUUAAAAUUGCUGUGUUUAUCCUUUUAAAUUGGAUAUACAUUUUUAACAGAAAUAUCAACAAGUUUAACAAAUCCUUUGAUCAGACCUGCAAUAUUUAUGAAAAGUUAAAUACAAGAAAUUGUAGAUUACUGGCAAAAUAUAAUAAGGUUAAGGAUUCAAAUGUUGCAAGUUUAACAAAAGACUUACCAUAUAAUGAAGGAUACGCAAAAAAAAAUAUAUAUAAUGAUGAAAAAGGAGUAGAAAGAAGCAAUAAACAAUAUAAUAGAAAUUUGUUAAAGAAAGCACAAUACUAUACAGAAGUUAUAGAUUAUAAUAUCGGAAUAUUUGAUGGAAAACAUUUUCAUUUUGAAAAAAAAUGGAUUAAAAAAAAGGAUUACGAUAAUUUUCUUGAGAAAAAAAGAAGAAUUUGUGAUAUAGCUUUAAAAAAAAUAAAAUUUAAAAAUUACGGAUAUAUAGUUGCUAUGUUUUUAAUUUUUAUCAUGUUUGUAAUUGGAAUAUACAAAAUACCAAGAUUAGAGUCUCUGGAUGCUGCAUGGAAAGACCUUGGUAGUGGCAAUAUAUUGAAAACUUUGUAUGAAACCGUAGCAAAGUGGGAUCCAACAGUAAAGGCAUCCAUUUAUUUAACAUCAUUUAGUGUAAUUAUACUUAUAUCGAUUAUUUUGCUUGUAAUAGGAAUUUGUAAAAUCUUAAAGAAUAAUGAAAAAUAUAACAAAAUUAAGUUAAUGACUGAGUAA